AUGGCUGCAGCUCGAGCUAAAUUGGCGGAGCUGAAGGCCCUUCGUGCUGCAGGAAAGAAGCGCCUGUCGACGUAUGAGGUCGAAGAACAAGGCGACAUUUACGAGGAAGUCGACGACGAAGGAUAUAAGAAAAUCAUCCGGAAUCGGCUUGACGAAGAUGAUUUCGUUGUCGAUGACAAUGGCGAGGGAUACGCCGACGAUGGCCGAGAAGUCUGGAAUGAACGGGGCGAGCGCUACGGCGAUAGCAACAGCGAGGAUGACGAGUUGCCUGCUCGAGGCAAGGCUGCAAAGAGGAAGCGCGAAGAAGAGAAGCAGAGAAAGGAGAAAAUUAAUAACGGGAUCUCCAAAUACUUCAAUAGCGGGAGCGCAAACUCCGCUCCUAAAUCCAAGCCUGUUGCUACAGCGGAAGAUGAGGCCUUUAUGGCUGAUCUCCUCGGAGAGGUCGAUACCAAUAUCGUUUCGAAACACGUUCCAAAGCAUAAUGUGGUGAAGUCCGAAACCCGUCGAAAAGUUCGCAUCCUAUCCCCACCUCUAUCGGACAGAACGCGCACCCCGAAAGGUAUCACAAAAGACGCAAAUAGCGACCCAGUAUCCCCGGGUGACUCAGAGCCAGCGCUGAAUUUGGAUAACGACGAUGGACCGCUCCUUCACGCAGACGACGACGACGACGUCCCAAUGAGCGACCCCAUGCCUUCAUCCCCGGUUAGCAAAGCAGUAGAAAGAAAAUACAUGGCGCCUAUCAAGGCGGAAGAGCCUGAGGAGGACGAUAAUGAUCUGAUGGAGGUUACCCAAGCAACUGGUCAUCUUGAAGCAGGUGUGAAAACCGUCAACAUGGCCGGAAGCCGGCCUACCCCCAGCCUUAAGAAGGAAUUAUACCCCCCAAUGCCCGCAAGCUCUUCUCCUAUGAAAGCAGGAGCGGAAGUUAACGCCUCGUGGAAUGAUGUACGUGAUAAAUUGAAUGUCCUCAACAGCCCAGCAUCGGAGCCACGCUCCUUCGGCAAACUAAGCCCUAAGGAUGUGGUGGAGGAGGAUGGGAGCCUACGCAUGUUCUGGCUCGACUACACGGAAGUCAACGGCAGUUUGUGCUUAUUCGGAAAGGUGAAGAACAAGCAAAAUGGCUCCUAUGCAAGUGCGUUCGUCAAAGUCGAUAGCAUCCUCCGAAAGCUUUAUUUUCUCCCUAGAGACUAUAGACACAAACAUGGGCGAGACACGGAUGAAGAAGUAGAUAUGGAAGACAUGUACCAUGAGGUUGAUGCGAUGAUGUCAAGGCUUAGAGUUGGCAUGCACAAGAUGAAACCAUGCACUCGGAAGUAUGCGUUCGAGUUACCUGGUGUACCAAAAAAGGCCGAGUAUCUGAAGCUUCUCUAUCCUUAUGACAAGCCGGCACUACCGAUGGAUACCAAGGGAGAAACAUUUUCUCAUAUUUUUGGGUCAAAUACCUCAUUGUUUGAGCAGUUUGUUCUCUGGAAGAACAUCAUGGGUCCUUGUUGGCUUCAAUUUGAAGAAGCGGAUUUCUCGGCAGUCAACAAUGCUUCAUGGUGCAAGUUUGAAUGCCAGACGACGAAGCCAGCACUCAUCUCCCCCGUUCCUGAUUCUGAGAACCUCGAGGCACCUCCGCUUACACUGAUGAGUCUUUCGUUUAGAACGCAGCUCAAUGUGAAAGAGAACAAACAGGAGAUCUUGGUAGCAAGCGCCAGAGUAUACGAGAAUGUAUCCCUCACCGAUACCACCCCCCCAGAAAAACUUCCUUGCAAGACGUUCACGGUCAUGCGCCCUUCGGGUUCUUCGUAUCCAGUGCAUUUCGAGGCUGAAGUACGAAAGCAACGAGGCACGUACAUACUGGAAAAGAGCGAGCAGUUCCUUCUGAGCAAAUUCUUGGCACUUUUCGAGAGGAUGGACCCUGAUGUUCUGAUGGGACAUCAACUCCAGGAGGUCGAUCUCAGUGUUUUCCUGAGCAGACUUAAGGAAAAGAAAACACCCGGAUGGCAUCGUAUCGGUCGAUUAAAGCGUGGUGAAUGGCCCAAAAACUUCAAUAGAGGAGGGGGUUUCUUCACCGAGAGGCACUUGAUAGCAGGAAGGUUGAUGUGCGAUGUCGCCAAUGACAUGGGCAAGUCGCUUAUGAUGAAGUGCCAAUCCUGGAGCUUGACCGAAAUGUGUAAUCUUUACCUCGGACCGGGAAAUGCAAGACAAGAUCUGGAUAUUGAGGCUGCCUUGAAGACUUGGGCUGGCUCAAAGGAUGGGCUCAUAAACUUUGUGAAUCACUGCGAUGCAGAUACUUACUUUAUUGCUGCGCUAGUUCUACGCCUUCAAAUGCUGUCCCUGACCAAAGUCCUCACCAACAUUGCUGGAAACUCUUGGGCACGUACCCUGAGUGGUACACGUGCUGAGCGGAACGAGUACAUUUUGCUUCAUGAAUUCCAUCGCAACAAAUACAUCUGUCCUGAUAAGUAUUCUGCUAAGCUUCAAAAAGCAGAGGAAAGGAUCCAGGAAGGGGAUGAUGAAGAUUCCGCAGAUAAGAAAAAGAAAGAUAAGUACAAGGGUGGCCUGGUUUUCGAACCCGAGAGGGGGCUUUACGACCGAUUCGUGCUCGUCAUGGAUUUCAACAGCUUGUAUCCAAGUAUUAUCCAGGAGUACAACAUUUGUUUCACAACGGUGGACCGGACGGCAUCGGCUGAAAAUGAAAAUGAGGAGAAGGUCCCAGAGGUCCCUCCCUCAGAUGCUGAGCAGGGUAUCCUACCGCGGCUGAUUGCAACCCUCGUUGGUCGUCGACGGGAAGUCAAAAAGCUCAUGAAGGACAAGCGCGCAACCCCUGAACAGCUCGCACUAUGGGACACUAAGCAGCUCGCCUUUAAGCUGACUGCCAACUCGAUGUACGGAUGUUUGGGAUACACGCAAAGUCGUUUCUACGCUCGUCCCUUGGCAAUGCUUACCACCUUUAAGGGUCGUGAGAUUCUUCGAAGCACCAAGGAACUGGCAGAAAGCAAACAGCUUCGGGUCAUUUAUGGUGAUACUGACUCUGUCAUGAUCAACACAAACAUGGACACCAUUAGCGAUGCCCUAAAGGUUGGAGAGGAGUUCAAAAAAUCAGUCAAUGAGCGAUAUCGGUUGCUGGAGAUUGACAUCGAUAACAUUUUCCGCCGUCUCCUCCUGCACGCCAAGAAGAAGUAUGCUGCCAUCAACAUGACGGAAGUAGAUGGUAAAUACGUUGAUAAGCUCGAAGUCAAGGGUUUGGAUAUGAAGAGACGUGAAUACUGCGCCUUGUCGAAGGAGGCUUCACAAAAGCUUCUGAACGAGGUUCUUUCUGGGGAAGAUCAGGAAAUAGUUCUCAACCGGGUUCAUGACUACUUGCGUGAUUUAGCAAGUAAAAUGCGAGAAUUCACGAUCCCUGUCCAGAAAUACGUGAUUUACACAAAACUUUCCAAGAAGCCCGAAGAAUAUCCAAACAAGGAAUCAAUGCCUCCAGUUCAAGUCGCACUGCGCGAACUUGCUCGCGGCAAAAACAUACGGCCAAACGACGUUAUAUCAUACGUGGUAACCUCUGGAGACUCAGAAACAUCGUCUCUUCCUCCCGCCAAAAGGUCAUACACACUUCAAGAUGUGAUCAAGGCGGACUCGGGAUUGAAACCAGAUGUUGAGUUCUACCUGCUCAAACAAAUUUUUCCUCCCAUUGAGCGUCUCUGUGCUCCCAUCCCGGGUACUGAUGCCGUUCGUCUGGCCGAAUGCCUAGGACUGGAUGUUCGCAAAUACCAAAUCAACACAUCCGUGGCAAACAGCCAGCAGAAUGCAGAAAUUUUCCCCCUUGAGUCACAGAUUCCCGACUCCAUUCGGUUUGAAAAUGCUGCUAGACUGACCCUCACCUGCCGCUUCUGCAAAGAGCGGUCCGUCUUCGAGGGACUCGCAGUAUCAAUCAACAUGUGCAAUCCCCAUGGCAUUGUUUGCCCGAAUUCAGCCUGCCAGAAACAAUUCACCGUUUUGACGAUUGUUGCGCAGUUGGAGUCUCAGAUUCGGGCUCAGACCUCCAAAUACUACGAGGGCUGGCUCGUCUGCGACGAUUCUGCCUGCGGCAAUCGUACCCGCCAGAUGAGUGUUUAUGGACACCGGUGUCUCGGACCCCGUGGCCAUGCUGAAGGCUGUCUUGGGAAGAUGACGUACGAGUACAGUGAAAAACAGAUGUACAAUCAACUUCUUUACUUUGCCAGCCUCUGGGAUGUGGACAAGGCCCGAGCAAUGGCAGAAAAGGAAGCUAGUGGCGAGAAGAAGGACAGCGUUGCUGCUCUCGUCGAGUUCAAUCGUAUACGGUUGGGAGUUCGAUCCUCCCCGGGAAUCAUGUCAGUGAAACGGGUUCUCGUGAUUGCAGGCUCUGACAGCUCCGGCGGCGCCGGCCUAGAGGCUGAUCAGAGAGUCCUGGCUGCACAUGGAUGCUAUGCCCUCACAGCUACUACUGGGCUCACCGCUCAGAACACUCUUGGGGUGCAAGACAUUUUUGUCGUUCCACCCGAGUUUGUUAAGAAGCAAAUCAACGCUAGCCUUGAAGAUAUCGGGGCAGAUGUUGUCAAAAUUGGAAUGCUCUCGUCCGCGGAGACAAUUGAUAUCAUUGCAGAUGCACUUGUCUCUUACCAGAUUCCAUCUGUAGUGCUAGAUCCGGUGAUGGUGUCUACAAGCGGAUCCCAGUUACUGCCUGAGGCGGCUGUUCGCGUGUUGCGAGUGAAAUUGAUCCCUCUCGCGACUAUUCUCACUCCUAAUAUCCCAGAAGCUAAGCUUCUCCUAAAAGACUCUGGUGUGGACGUUCCAGACCCGGAAGGUCUUGAUGGAGUCAUCCAUCUCGCAAAACAAAUCCAUGGUCUUGGGUCCAAAGCUGUUCUACUCAAGGGUGGCCACUUGCCUCUCACUAAAGAUCUCAAAACUGCGCACAAUGUAGAGGAGGCCGCGAGAGUCGUUGACAUCCUUUAUGACGGUGAAAAUGUUACCUUAUUUGAGACUGACUUUCUUAUCUCCAAAAACACCCAUGGCACCGGUUGCUCCCUUGCCUCUGCCAUCGCAGCCAAUCUGGCACUUGGGAAAGAUAUGACAAGAGCUGUCCGCAGUGCCGUCAGAUUCGUCGAGGCAGGAAUUAAAACCAGCUUUAGUCUUGGAAAAGGAAGUGGACCGAUUAACCAUUUUCACUCCAUGCACUCACUACCUUUUGCACCUGGACGUUUCGUGGAAUACAUCCUGGACCGCCCUGAUGUUCAACCAGUCUGGAAGAGGUUUACCGAACAUGAAUUUGUUUUGGGGUUGGCCAGUGGCGCACUUCCCUUGGAACAAUUCAAGAAAUAUCUAGUCCAGGAUUAUCUUUACCUCAUUCACUUUGCUCGGAGUAACGCCCUAGCUUCUUACAAGGGGAAAGACAUGGAAACCAUUGCUGCUUCCGCCAAAAUUGUCCUGCACAUCCAACGAGAAACCGCACUACACUUGGAUUACUGUGCGUCUUUUGGGAUAUCCAAAGAUCAGAUGGAGAAAACACCAGAAACCAUUGCUUGCGCAGCGUAUAGCAGAUAUAUCCUAGAUGUUGGUCAAUCAGAUGACUGGCUAGCGUUGCAAGUAGCCCUCGCACCUUGUUUGAUCGGGUAUGGAGCCAUAGCCCAAAGACUGUACAACAACGCAGGGACGCUUCGAGAAGGCAACCGGUACUUCAAAUGGAUCGAAAAUUACGUUGCGGAAGAUUACACUGAGGCCGUCCGGUUGGGGCUAUGUCUAAUGCUUUUUUCUACAGAACUGUUGGAAACCUAUAUGCGACAAGUUUCUCCCUCCCGGAUGGAAGAGCUGAUCAAGAUCUUUAUCAGGGCAACUGAGUUGGAAAUCAGUUUCUGGGAUAUGGGACUUGGCAAUGCGCGUUCGUGA